CGUCGGUGUAACCUCCCUUUGAAAAUCCCUUGAAUCGCGUUGUAGUGCUCAAACAGAAUUGAUCACUCGACCGUUGGAGUGACACUCCAAAAAUAUCCAAUCUGACCAAGCAGAGAACAACAAGGUGUCUCACAUCGCCCAGCAAUCUCACCUUUGUAGCGGGAUCAUCAAGGUGAAAUCUGAUCAACCUGCAUCGCCAGGUCUAGGAGUGCUCAAUCUGUUCGCUACAUCAAAUACACUGAUUGAGCUUGGAACACUUGAUCCCCUAGAAUCAACAGAAUGGACUCCGACAUCGAUUACCUGUUGUCGCUCGCGGCGGUGAGGGAUAGGGCCAACGUGGUCUUUGAUCUCGCGGAAAAGGGCAAACUCAGCCACUUCAACUACGAGCCCAAGAAACUCGAUGUUGUCGCUGACUACGUCAGCAACCUCAUAUCGCGCGAUUUUGGACCUGAUCGUUAUAACGAAAUUCCACCCCAUGGCCGUUGGCAGCAUUUUAAUGUUGGCGGCGUUGACAGGGUUGCCACACUCCUGGAGGAAACUGGUUCAACCGACAAAACCGAGCAAGUCAGAAUCUUGAUUGAUCUCUUUGUGGUUUCGGUGCUUCUAGAUGCUGGCGCUGGUGCCGAAUGGCGGUUCCUGGAGCCAGUCGCCAGCACCUAUAGCAACCGGUCAGAAGGCAUAGCAGUGGCUUCACUGUACAUGUUCAAAGCUGGAGCGUUUUCAUCUGACAGCUCAAAGCCCUACAGUGUCUCUGCCCAAGGACUGAAAGAUCUUAGCACAUCUGAAUUUAAGAAGCACUUCCAGAUCUCAGAGAGCAACCCCAUGAUUGGUGUCGAAGCGCGUGUGCAACUACUUCGGGAGGUAGGGAAUUCUUUGCUGCAGUUGCCAAAGGUGUUUGGCGAACAAGGCAGACCUGGAAACCUCGUUGACUACCUUCUUUCCUCUUCUGAAGGAGGUAUCCUCAAAUAUUCUCAGCUAUGGAGUGUCCUCCAAUCGCUGCUCAUCCCUGCAUGGCCAAAAUCACGUACCCAUGUCAAUGGACGGCCAAUUGGAGACGCGUGGCCAUUGCAAGCCCUUGCGGCGCAAUCAACAGAGACAGCAGGCACCAUCAGUACCAUCCAACCAUUCCACAAGCUUACGCAAUGGCUUGCAUACUCACUUUCAGUACCGUUUGAGAGGGUACUAGGCCUAAAGUGGACAGAGAUGGAGUCCGGUACAGGUCUACCGGAGUACCGAAAUGGAGGAUUGUUCGUCGACUUGGAGGUUCUACAGCUCAAGCCAGAGACGCUGGCUGCAGGGCAAAAAGCCUCCGGUCAAGAUCUACCAAUCUAUGGCGACACUUCUGACGUGAUUGUGGAAUGGCGCGCCUUGACCGUCGCUCUCCUGGAUCGGCUGCAUGGUCUUGUGGCGGGAAAGUUUGCCAAACAGGGCAUUAGCCUCUCGAUGGCUCAGAUGCUCGAGGCUGGAAGUUGGAAAGCAGGACGGGAAUUGGCCAAGGCGAAGAGACCUGAGACCAUGUCCAGCCCUAUUCUCAUUGACGGGGAUGGGACUUUGUUCUAAUCCAUGGCUACUGUUCUACGGCACGGUUGGACCCAUGGCUGGCUAGCACCCUGGCGACAUGAUACACAUUCUGUAGCAUUUCUAGAAUCUAAACAACCGCUGCAUCGAUUACCGAGGCUGCAAAUACUCGUUGAAACCCC